AUGGCUUCCCCUCUUACCAACCUAUACUUCAUCUGUCUCAUCGCUUUCGUUUUCCGGUAUGCCCAUGGCAAUGCCGUAGGGCUUCACGAGUUCGACGUCCUGGGUUCCUGGAGCAACUACAGCUGCUCUUCCGGCGGGAACAUCACCCGCGGCUUGCCGAUAAUCCAUCGGCUAAGCCCUUGUGCUCCCCAGAAGCUGCGUCUCAACUUCACCAGCGAGCUCGACCGGCAUUACCUUGACGAUAAGUUGACGCUUGGAACUGACUCCAGACUUUCCCGAGAGCGCAACUACCUCGUCGUCAUUGGGCUGGGCACUCCCAAAAAGGAUUUUCACGUGAUGUUCGACACCGGCAGCAGCCUUACUUGGGUCCAGUGCGAGCCUUGCAGGAAGUGCUACGACCAAGCAGAUCCAAAAUUCGAGUCGGCUCGGUCCUCCACGUACCGUAGGGUACGUUUCACCUCCCAAGCUUGCCACGAGCUUCCGUACCGUAGCGGCCGGACCCGACAAGGUUACUGCAAAUAUAAAAUCACGUACUUCGACGACGACUCUUCUGAAGGAACCUCCUCCAGCGAGACCCUCACUCUCGGAUCAGCGGACGUGAUUCCAGGAUUCCAGUUUGGGUGCGGGGUCGAUCAAGAAGGAACUCUCUGGGAUGCAUACGCUGGAAUCCGGGGUCUUGGAAGGGGCCCCGAAUCGCUGCUGUCCCAGACACCGAGAUACGGUGGGAUUUUCUCCUACUGCCUUCCGAUGGCAACGUCGCGCGGCUACUUGGCGCUGGGUGACAGAGGAAGCUCGUCCUCGAACAUCAAGUAG